UUUUCCAUGUGCAUUAUGACUGUGUCGCUGCUAUUUCCCCCUGGCAAUUUACUGGCUCCACAGCAUAUUCAUUUUCUCCCCACAAACACAUGCACACAGACACAAACACACCCUCUCCCUUGAAAAAUGGGAUUCAAACCGAAUGCCUUGCUCUCUUUUUGCUACCUGCUUGCAUGCUGAUUCAAUGAUGAGGACAAAUGCCUGUGUGUAGAGUUGGGCUUGCAGACCCCGCCCCUGACUAAAUGGUCUGUGAGGUUGCAGCAGUAUCUGCUAUAAGGAGAAAGCUGCUGGGGAAAGUGAACCUUUGCUGUCCUGGAUCCAGUUGGACUACAAGUGUUCAGCACAUCAGACAGCCUGUCUGUGCCGUUAGAAGAGACCAGAGCGGGACCAUCCUGUUCAGCAUCUCCUGCCUGUUCAGGAUCCGACUUGCAUUCUUUUCUUGGGGGUGAGAUUCCUUUGAAGGUGGAAAGGAGAGGAAAAAAUCUCACUCCCACCCACAAGUCCAGAGAAAUCUGCCUGCUUUUAACAAGGCUUCUGAAAAGAAGCAGUGAGUGAUACAAACUGGGACAGAAGUUCUUGCCAGGAACUAUUCACUUCUAUUGGCAAAAGUGGUCUGACUCUCUUCGGAGGAGCACCUUAGUAUAUAAGAUGAGUGGGUGUCGAAAACGGUGUAAACGGGAAAUACUGAAAUUUGCCCAGUAUCUUCUCAGGCUAAUCACAGGUUCGCUCCAUACAGACAGCGUAGAAGAUGAAAUGGAAAUGGCCACUGUGCGGCAUCGACCUGAAGCCCUCGAACUGCUGGAAGCCCAGAGCAAAUUCACAAAGAAGGAACUUCAGAUCCUCUAUCGAGGGUUCAAAAAUGAAUGUCCCAGUGGGGUUGUUAAUGAAGAGACUUUCAAAGAGAUUUACUCUCAGUUCUUCCCACAGGGAGAUUCCACAACAUAUGCACAUUUUUUGUUCAACGCAUUUGACACAGAUCAUAAUGGAUGUGUAAGUUUUGAGGAUUUUGUUAUGGGCCUUUCAAUUUUACUCCGAGGGACUGUUCAGGAAAAACUCAACUGGGCUUUUAAUUUGUAUGAUAUAAAUAAGGAUGGAUAUGUAACUAAAGAGGAAAUGUUGGAUAUAAUGAAAGCUAUAUAUGAUAUGAUGGGGAAAUGUACAUAUCCCAUUGUUAAAGAAGAUGCCCCAAGACAACACGUGGAAACAUUUUUCCAGAAAAUGGACAAGAAUAAGGAUGGAGUAGUUACCAUAGAUGAAUUCAUUGAAAGCUGCCAAAAAGAUGAAAACAUAAUGCGUUCCAUGCAGCUCUUUGAAAAUGUGAUUUAACCUCUUGCGAUUCUCUCGUCAAGUAAUGGACAAUAUGAACAAUUCUGCAGCAACAAAUCCAUAAAGCUUGUUGCCACGUUUACCAUGAAACAGGAUUGCUCAGCUUUACACUGAGACGUGUAUACCACAAAUUAGCUUUGUUUAAUUAAAGCCUUCCUAAACUGAGAUUGUAUUUUUCAAUAGUUGAGGUAAAACAGUCCUGUUAAAUAACGCUCUUGUAGUUCCUAAAAUCUCAUUUAAUUCAGAGAAUAAUCCAAAGAAAACACCACCAUGAAAACUGCAUUACUACCAUCCCAGCCAUGAUGGAAAAGGUGCAGAAAAGAGGGAAAUGGGUAGGUGGUGUUACUCAUUUUGACUAAAUGAAUUUCUAAAGUAUAAAACUGAUUUAAUUCCAUGCUCCCUUUUGUAUUAACACUGUAUCAUUCAGUUAUCAAUUAAAGGGUAUUUACAGGUUGGGUACAAUCAUCCCAUUAUGGCUGAAAUCACCAUGGAAGUAUAGUUGAAUGUUUUCCCAUCUGCCCCAUUCCUGUACAUUCACAUCCCUGGGAUAAUGGAAACAGGAAGCCUGCAACCACCCAGGUUGCCCUCUGGAGCGAUUGGUUCCUGACUGAAGAGACAGUUGGGCAGAGAAGGAUUGGAGAAGUCCUAGCAAUCUAUCACACAGACAAUGGAUUCAUGGAGGCACAUGUGUGUGUCAUGGGAGAGGCACAUGAUCCCAUUAUGUCCUAUGGUGUUCAUAUGCCUAUAGGGCUGCAUUGUACUUUUGUGCUUCUGUGGCAGAAGUGUGGUAGCUUACAAUUAUUUUUAAUCAUGAUCUAUUUGUUUUUAUAGAAAAGGUUCUUUUUAUAGUAAAAAGCUUAAAUGACUCAAAUGAUUUAACAAUUGCCUGUGGCAAACAUUUUCUGUCCUCAAAACUACCAGUUUAGUUACAAUUGUAGACAGAAAUUUACGUAGAUGUUUAUGUCCCCGCAUUAAGGAUGGAAAUUAGUUCAUUAUGACUGGUACCUUCAUCUAAGCAAAGCAAGAGGCUGAGUGAAUUUAAAAACUUCUAAGAAUAUCCUUGGCCAGAUAAAAAUCAAGGGCAGAGGGAACGGGAGUAGAAGGAUGUAUCCAGUAUUUCAGUGCUCAGGAUAUACAGCUGUAAAACAGCCAUGCCCAACAUAGACUGCCUGCCAUUAGUGAUGCCAAAGGAUUAUUUUUGUUACAAAAUCAGAAUAGUGUUGAAUAAAAUGUUACUUAACAGAGCUAUUUAAGAGAAACGGUAACAGUAGAUUUUGGAGGAGGCAAUGCACCUAUUUUGUUAUGACAGUUACAACUAUUGCCAUUGUAUAGAAAAGGCAGAGAGGUACUAUAAAGAUAUAAACUGACAGAACAAAGGAUGAAUUAAAAUUAAGGGAGCACAUUCUCAUGUGGUUCAUGCAGAUGCAGCUAACUUCAUCACUUGGAGGCAUAAUGCAGUAUAUAUAUUCUGUUGAAAUAACAAAGGAGGAAUCAGAGAGAGGUAUAGAGCAUCAUACUUACUCACUUUCUCCCUGGCCUACAUAUAAGGGAGAGCACAGAUUGGACUCAACAAAGAAUCAUAUUUCCUUGCCACAGUCAAGCAAUUACUAACUUACCGGCUGUCUAACCAGAAAACUAACAUUACUGGUACAAGACCUAAUUCAAUCUUAAUUGUGAUUUCUGCACAAUGAUCUGGAGAGCUUACGGAUAAAGAAUGAACGCUGCAAACUCUUCUUUGCAAAAGUAAAGCAGGCAUCUAUUCUGGUGUAGAGAUGGAAGAGAGAAGCAUGCUGAAGGCUGCUCCGCUAUCACCAGUGUAGGAAUAUGAGUAGUACAAUACAUGUACACCUGAAAUCUGCUGUAGUUCGUUUGUGAAAAUUAAAUGUGCACAUUUUAUAAUAAAAAGAGAAAGAAA